UUCACGUAUUGUGUAAAAUGCUAAAAAGCAGCUUAAACAGUUCAAAUGAAACGUAAAAAAAAUGAUAUUUGUUCUAUAAUAUGCUAGGCUAAUAGAUCUAACGUUGUGAUAAUCAGACGGUCCAUAUAUUGUUUGAUAAUGGCUACUUGUGCAGUAUGUUCCUGCCGUAACAAUCGAAGAAAAGUGAAAAAAUAUGGGCUGGAUAUCGUAUUUCAUGAAUUUCCAAAACACUCGCAUCUUCGACAUGCAUGGCAGGAGUUUUGCGAUAGAGGCGAAAACUGGUCGCCUACAAACUGUUCCGUUAUUUGUUCGUCCCAUUUCCGACAAGAGGACUAUCAACUACAGAAAUCACCAUUGAUAAGGAUCAAUAACCUGCGGAUACUGACUCCAACUGCAAUUCCUUCGUUGGUGAAAAGUCCGAUUAUAAAGAAAGACGUACGAAGGAAGCAAGACCAAGAAAGAAAACUCGAACGUAUUAAACAAAUGUACGGCGAAAACGCGGGAUGUUCAGAUGAUCCAGAAGCCGACACUCCAGAAGCAGAUGAUGAUCCACCUUGUUCUAUAGACGACACAGGUAGUCAGCAAACUAUGAUAAAUUUCGUCGAUGUAAAUGAUCCGCUUUGUUUGGAGCAAUGCGCAUCGUGUGAAAAGAAAAACAUGAAAAUAGAGGAGUUGGAAAAUGAAAUUAUUAUGCUUAGAAGAGAGCUAGAGGAAUCUAAAAAAAUGACAAAAACUAACAACAGCCUCAAAAACUACAUUGACACAGCUAUUCAAGAGGCAAUGGUUUUGAAGAGGAAAAAUGGAUACCUCAAAAUAACGUAGGUUAUGUCAAACAAUAGAAUGAACGAGUUUCAGUUGCCUGUGCAGAAAUGAAUAUCCUGUGAAAAGAGGAGCUUAAAGUCCAAUACAUUUUAUAUCUAAAUGAAGCAUUGAGUUAGCGUUGCAUUCGUCUGGAUUUCUUUUGAAAAAGCUUCAAAUUAGUCUAACCUUUAUCUCAUUGGAUAGCAAUAAAUGAAUCUUUCGAUGGCUAAUGUUUUGUCUU